AAUCUGUCCCAUCCUUGGAACCUUUUCUUCCUUCUUGGUCUUCUUGGUUUCUUCUCUUCACUCUGUGUAGAAAGAAAAUGUUGGUGCUACUCUCUCUGUUGCUUUUAUGCUCUUCAACCUUCUCAAGUCCUGCCCUUGCAGUUAAAGCGACUUAUUUUGAUGGAUUUCUCCCAAAUGGAAACUUUGAAGAAGGGCCAAAGGCAACAGACCUUAACAAGACAAUCAUUAAGGGGAAGUACUCAUUGCCCAAAUGGGAAAUAAGUGGCCUUGUUGAGUAUAUCUCUAGUGGUCCACAACCCGGUGGCAUGUAUUUUGCUGUUGCUCAUGGUGUUCAUGCAGUAAGGCUUGGCAAUGAUGCCUCAAUCUCCCAAACCAUACCAGUAAAACCAGGCUCUCUUUACUCUCUCACAUUUGGUGCUUCAAGGACUUGUGCUCAGGAUGAGGUGUUGAGGGUUUCAGUUCCUCCUCUAACAGGGGACCUCCCUCUUCAAACAUUAUACAGCAGCAAUGGAGGUGACACUUAUGCCUGGGGAUUCAGGGCCACCUCUAAGGUUGCUAAGGUGAUAUUCCACAACCCAGGUAUGCAAGAGGAUGCUGCUUGUGGACCUCUCUUGGAUGUGGUUGCCAUUAAAGAGCUUUAUCCUCCCAUGCCCACAAGAGUUAACUUGGUUAAGAAUGGCGAAUUCGAAGAGGGUCCUCAUCUUUUCCAUAACUCCACCAAUGGUGUUCUCCUUCCCCCCAGGCAGCAAGACCUCACAUCUCCCCUCCCAGGGUGGAUAAUUGAAUCCCUGAAAGCUGUGAAAUACAUAGACUCACAGCAUUUCAGUGUGCCCUCUGGACAGGCAGCAGUUGAGCUGGUUGCAGGAAGAGAAAGUGCAAUUGCCCAAAUCUUGAGAACAAAUCCGGGCAAGCUCUACAAUGUCACUUUCACAGUUGGAGAUGCAAAGAAUGGCUGCCAUGGAUCCAUGAUGGUUGAAGCUUUUGCAGGGAAAGAGACCCUGAAAGUCCCCUACAAAUCCCAUGGGAAGGGUGGUUUCAAGACUGCUAGUUUCAAAUUCACAGCAGAUGCACCAAGGACAAGGCUUACAUUCUACAGUUCCUUUUACCACACAAGGAUUGAUGACUUUGGAUCUCUUUGCGGUCCCAUUUUGGAUCAAGUUAAGGUGUUAUCUGUUAAGAAUUAGCUGCUAUCAUCAUCAUCUACACAAAAAUCAUGUUAGGUCUUGUUUCUGUACACUUGGCCUUUGUGGGACUUCAUUCCUGGUUGCCCUAUGGUAUCUAAGUUAUCUACUAUCAAAGGGAGGCCUAAUAGUGAAAGAGAUCUAUUUAUGAACUUCUUUGAGAAUGUGACUUAUGUUAUCAUCUUCUAAAUACACGAGAUUACAUAUUUUUCUGCUA